CCAUAAUGUCUUCUUUCACUCUGUCCAUUCCUCUUCUUCUAAACCAGCCCUCUUUCACUCCCACUGGCUGUUGUCCCCUCACCGCCUUUCAUGAAGAUACCUUACCGCACGACUUGAGCACUCAGACCUUCUCGCCGCGGGAAUUUCUGCAUUCACUUAAUAAACUUUUAUUUCAGAUUAAACGUCUCUCAUUUACAGCUCAAAGUCGGCGAUUUGUGGUCUGACUGUGGAAAAGUAGAGCUGCCGCUCAUACACGCAGUGUCAGAGGUGCAUUAUUGCUCUGGAUGUUCACCGCUUGCAUGCAAAUCCACCAGAGAGUCGCGCGCGAGGAAAACAGAUAAACGUGGAAAUACAACUCGACGUGGAGCUUCUCAGACUGGACUCCGGAGAUGAUAUGGGAGACUUCUGAAGUUUGAACUAUGUGAACCGAGAGUUCUUCUGGACAUUUCGUUAAUUUUUGCGUGAGACUGACGGACUGUAGAAUCAAUGUGGUGUUCGCCGAAGAUACGUGUGGCCCGAAACUCACCUAAACGUUGACACGUCUUGGGAGUGAUGCACUGGCUUCCCCUGGUUGCCAUGGUGAUCGCCUCGGCCCUGCCUUUCCCUCAAAGUCCUGUGCCCAGGCUUGUUGCCGCGACGAUAGAGCCUGGCAGGAACGACAGCAACAGCAGCAACGUCCCGACAGCUAACAUCAGCAUGCCGACCAACUCAUCAGUGGACAACGACUCCCAUGAUGCUGUUCCUCACAACAACUACAGCACACAUGACAUAGCUCCUCACAGAACAGUCGAUAAGCAGAGCACGUUUGAGGAGGACCAUAUAGCCAAAGAUAGAGCAAACCGAGAGAAUCUUCUAAUAGAAGACAGUUUUGUCAAUAACACAAAGCAGGACUACACAGGUGGAGGUAGGACUACCGGAGCAGAUGCCUCCAGGCCGCAUGAUCCUAGGAAAUACAAAUCACAACAAAUACUGGCUGAAAAAGCCAGUUCCCAAAGCAAUGAUAUUCUCAAGGACUAUCAGCUUGAAAGUAGCCAGUUUCAUGAAGAAAACAGUAUUGAGGCAGAGACUUUUCUUAAAGAUGACAGGAACGCAAGAAGUAAACUGAGAGACGGGCCUCUUGAAGGUCCUAAGGUCUCUCUGCAGAGCUCUCCAGUGCAGGAACAUCUGGACGAAGCUCAAACAACUGGGAGCACCAAUGCUAAAGAGUUGGUGCAGCAAUAUGGAGGGUUUGGAACAGAACCAGGCUUUGGGUUUGAUGACAUAGGCCUACGAGAAGAAGAUCAGCUGCUUUUGCUGGACGCCCAUCCACGGGUACAUUUCUCCCCGGCCCUUUCCCCACCCAAACACCCACCUCUGCUCUUAAUGCUGGAGUUGGGCUUUUUGGCCGAUGACGUUAAAGAUGAGGAAAGUCACAUGAUGGAUGCUAACCCGUCUGCUCACGGAGGCGACAAAGAAACUUACAGGAACUUACUCUUGGGCCUCUCUGAUUCUGAUGGCCACAUUCCAAGUGUCCGCCGCAAGCGUCAAGCCGUCCACAGCACACAAGGCAUCGCACGCUCCGUAUGUGAGGCCGAAAGCAGGUGGGUGACCAACAAGAAGACCGCGGUGGACUUUCUGAGCAACACCGUCACUAUUCUGCAAGAGAUCCAGACCCAGACUGGGCCGCUCAAGCAGCAUUUCUACGAAACAAAGUGCCGUAAGCCAGAUCCAAAUAGUAAAGGUGAAGUGCAGGCGGUGGAGGGGGCCGGCUGCUUGGGGGUGGAUAAGAAACACUGGAUGAGCAGGUGCGAAACCAAACAAUCGUACGUACGCGCGCUCGCCUCGGAUGAAAACAAGAGGAUAGGAUGGAGGUGGAUCCGUAUCGACUCCUCCUGCGUUUGCGUGCUGCUCACUAGAGGAACGUACAACACUAAGAAGUUUGAGAGAGGAAGAGAGCGAGAAGGCAGAAGGUACAGCUAGCUUGGACUGUCUGAACAAAGGAUUGACACGGAGUUGAAAGAUCAUGUGAAUUUUGAAUGUUUGAGGGACUGUAUCUGUUCUGGUCCACUGUGUGGGGGAUAUUUCUUUUCCAGAUGUUCCCGCGUCUCACUCAACAGAACCUUAUAGCUGUACCCCAGUGUCUCGCUGAGGGAUAGUCAUGGAAAUCACCCUCGUGUUGCUCAAAACCUGUAUGAAUGAUUUUCUAUUGUGGAACACAAAUGGAUAGAGUGGUAAAGCUUUUGGACACCAAGUCACUCUUAAACAUGUUAGAAUUUCAUUGCAUUAGAUACUGGCAAAAUGGCAUCUGCAACCAAAUAAUGCUAGAGCUUUUCACUUUUCUGAGACACUUUUCCAACCAAUAUGUAUGAGGUCAGUUCUCCUCAAGUUUAUGCAGGUUUCCUGGCAGAAUAACUGCCUUUGUAGUUCAUUGUAAUAGCAUAUGAGAUGUUACCCACAGUUUGACUCCCAGAAGGACUUUGUCUUCAUUUUAAACAAUAUUCAUAGACCGAUAACAAAAGUGUGCUUAUGCUGUUUCUUUAAAGGAAAUGCCUCUUGUUUUGAUAUUUUCACAUAUAAUGCAAAAACCUUUAUACAUUUUUUAAAUGUGGCUUAAGUUUCCAAAUAUUACAUAUUUAGUGCAUUUCAUACAACAAAUUCUGGUGACUUGCAUGAAAGUGGGCCAUGGUUGAAUGGACUAUAUCAAAGUCCCUUUUAAGGAAAUUCAGAUCACUCUUCAGCCAUAUUUGCAAUGUUUCCAGGUGGGUAUUUAAGGAAUGUAAGCCCAUCUCCUAUCUAUGUGAAUGGGGGAAAUACUGAAACCCUAGAAAAUAAUGGCCAAACUCACAAUUAAAUAACAUAUUUCAAGUCAGCAAUCAAAUCUGACAUGAACUGUCCCAUCAAUGCUGUUUCUUAAGCUCAAAUAGCAUAAAAAAAGCAUAUAUUUAAGCAAAUAUUUAAGGUUGGUCCUGCUUAUGCACAGUCCCAAGUGCAAGUCUCAGAUUUAUGUGAGAAAUGGAGAUUCCAAUGGUUCUUUAAUUUAGACGGUGAGACUUACUAGAUUACUAGAGCUGUUGCAGUUUUGCCCAUUCAUAGCAAUACAAGUGAACUGUCUUGGGUAAUAAUAUAUAGUCUUUGACGAUAUCUUCUCAAGUCAUGUGAGGAUGAGGUUGUUUCACAUUUUUUUCCUAGGUGCAUUCACUGUAACUUAUUUUGUGUUUCAUGAAACACUGUACGGGUUUGAAGUGAUAUGAGGUGACGAUGAGUUCCUCCACACUGCUGUCAUUCCUCCGGUCCAUAUCCACGUCUAAACUCACACAAACAAGAAAACCUCAAUACUGAGAUCCUGUUUUUUCCCUACUUUUCAUAUAU